AUGGUGGAGUCAGCGUCGGCGGCACGGCAUGGUGGCGGUUUGUUCGCUCACGGAGAGGUCGUCAUUACGGAGAACUCGCUGAUUCGAGUCAGGCAAACCCGAGCACUUGGAAUAGGAGGCGGCUUCAUGUCAGUCAGCUCGCUCACGGUGUCGGCUGGCAGCCUUGACCUCGAGCACACGACCGCAAGAUCAGGAGGAGGCUUUGCGACCAACGGGAGCUUCUUCGCAAGCGAUGGCGCAGCCAUCAGCAUUCACAGCUCCAAAGCCGGAGUUAGUGGGGGAGGCUUCCUCGCCUUGGGGCAGUUCGUCAGCUUUACCAACAGGUCUUCCGUUGUCAUGCAGGAUGUCAGGGCCAAGCAAUUCGGAGGAGGAUUCUUAGCGGCCUUCGGCUCGGUCAUCUUUGGGGGUAUGUCUGAGAUGACGGUUGUAAACGGCCAUGCCACCAGAUUGGAUGGGGGGGGCUUUGCCUCCGCGAGGCAGCUUGAGGUGGAUGGUGGUUCGACAAUCAGGCUCCGGAACGUUUCCGCCGGAAGGGCAGGAGGGGGAUUCGCAAUCCGGACAUCAAGAGCACGUGUCCGGGGUCACUCCAGAGUGAUGAUUUCCGACAGUCAUGCUGACUUAUCUGGAGGAGGCCUAUACGUAGCGAUCCUCGAGGUGUCCGACAAUGCAGCCGUCAGUAUCCAGAACAGCUCUGCAGUCGCAGGAGGAGGUCUCUAUGUAUGCGGGUGCAACUUGACAUGGGCAAGGCUUGGUGGAGAGCUUGUUGUCGUCAGCAAGAGCUCGUUUCUUAGCAUUCAAGGCACCAGAGCUCAGCUUGACGGAGGAGGGGUGUAUGCUAACGGUGCCGUUGUUGUCGCUGGUGCUUCCAAUGUAGUGGUGUCUGACAGCCAUGCGGUCAGAGGCCAGGGUGGUGGCUUCCAUGCGAAACGUAAGGUGCAGGUGGUUGAUGGCUCCAUGCUUCGAUUUCGGCAUGUUUCUGCCGGGGACCUGGGUGGUGCCUUCGGGAUUGCUGUGCCGGAUGCAGAGAGUCUGCUAGUUGUGAACGAAUCAGGCCUGAGUAUUGACGGUGCAACUGCCGGUACGGGUGCCGGAGGAUUCUUCGCAGCAGACGCCAGUUCCACUGUUGUGAUCGCAGGUUAUUCUAAGCUUGUGCUCAGCGACUGCCACGCGCAGAAGGGCCGUGGCGGAGGCUUCAUGACUUCCAGGCUGCAGAUAACCGACCAUGCCGCAGUCUUGAUCCAGAAUUGCUGGGCCAGUGGCACGGGCUUCUUUGGAGGGGGGUUUCACGCAGUUUUUCCGUACCACGAGACUUUGGAGACUGUUCUUGUUGCCAACAGCUCGGUGCUCAGCGUGCGUGCUGGCAAGGCAAUGGCCGGGGGAGGAUUUCUCUCUGCAGGAAAGGUUUUGGUUACAGACGCUUCAAAGCUGGAAGCUUCGGAAUGCCAUGCACGUGAGGGUGGAGGCUUUAGCACAUCUGCUUUGCAAGUGACCGGCCGCUCUUCCGUAUCGAUCGAAAAUGCCACAGCCACGUCAGAUUUCGGAGGUUUCCGGUCGCAGAAAAGGGUCGUGGUCUCCGAUGGCUCGACGAUUAGUCUUCGCGGCACAAUGGCUGGACGAAAUGCAGGAGGCUUCGGGGUGUUUGGACCGCUUGUCCUUGCCGGCAGGUCCCAGCUCUGGGUUCGCAACUCCUUCGCAAGUACUGGAUGCUGCGGAGGCUUCUUGGUCGAACAGCGACUUCCAGACAGUCUACCUGCGGUGCAAGUGACUGACGGCUCAGCCAUUCAUAUUGACAAUGCUACAGCACGACUCCAUGCCGGAGGUUUCUUCGCAGAGCGUGGAGACGUUGAGGUCAGUGAUGGCUCACGCAUCAGAAUUCAGAAUGUUGCCACUGCUGCAUAUGCUGGCGGCUUCAUGGUGGUAGACAAAGGGUUGUCAGUUGUCAACGGCUCGGCCAUCCGAAUUCGAACUGCCACCGCCGGACAGCAUUCGGGAGGGUUUGCUGUUGCCGCAGAGGUGUUGGUGGAGUCCAACUCGAGCAUCGUGAUUUCCGACGCCAUGGCCCGAAAAGGAAACUCAGGGGGCUUCGGCGCCAGAAGUCUGCAAGUUGUCAGCCGAUCGAUGAUACACAUCAAGCGGGCCCAAGCCAGUCUAAAUGGAGGAGGUUUCUUCGUGAACGGCCAGGCAGUGGUCACUGGGCAUUCCGAGGUAGUGGUUUCCAACAGUCGCGCCAUUGAGGGACAUGGCGGAGGCUUGUCCACUUCACGAUUGUACUUACAACAGAACUCCACAGUCGAUGUCCGGACAACUUCAGCAGGACAGCAGGGAGGUGGCGUCUUUGCAUGCGGCUGUGUUCCCAACUUCGCAUCGGAGGUUGUGCUUGUUGCCGAUGGCUCCAGUCUUUCAGUUUGGAAUGCCACGGCUGCCCAUUCCGGUGGAGGACUUGCCGCUGGUGGACAGGUUGUGGUCGCUGGUUGGUCCAUGGUGGCGGCUUCCUAUUGCCACGCAACAUCUCGAGAUGGUGGGGGAGUGGCAGCUGGGACUUUGCUACUCCAUGAAAGCUCAGUUGUCAGCAUCCAGAAAGCCACAGCCGGUCAAUUCGGGGGAGGCUUGUACACAGAAGGAAGCAUACUGGUCGGGGCCGCCUCCACACUGACCAUCUCCAACAGCUCGGCCGAACUACACGGAGGAGGUGUGUAUGCUGUCAACCACAAUUACGUUUCCCACUCCAGCGACUCAACAAGUGCUUUGCCGGGCAAUCUGGUAUUGGAUGAAGGCAUGUUGAUCAUCAGCGACACCAGGGUGAAGGGGCUGGGGGCGGCAGCAUUUGUGCAGGACCGUCUCUUAGUUGGAGCUGGGUCCAGCCUGAACGUACACAACGCAGUGGGUCGCGAUCUUUCCAGUGUGGUAGCCGCAGGGUGUAUGCACCUCAGCCCGAGUGCGACAGUUCUCCUGGAAGAUGUCGUGGGAGGCCAUGGCCUCGACUUGCGAAAUGCCGACUGCUCAAGCGCCUGCACAAAUCGUACUUUCGAGGUCGCCUCUGGAGCGUCUUUGACGGCCAGCGGGUAUUUGAGGUCGGGUCUGUUAGCCCUGCAAACCUGCCCGUUUGAAGUCGUUCACCUUUCGCAUAUGCACCUCCUUUCUUGGUCCAGUCCUGUACUGAGCAGCUACACACGGCCACACCAGGUGGUGGUUGCCGAUGUCAGCAUCGACUACAAACCACCGUUGCACGAUGUUCUCAUCUUGGCAACAGAAGAUGAAUUCACAGUGGAUUCAUUGGACGUUUCAUGCAAGGACUGUGGGCAUGGAGUUGCUUUUAAUGCAAGCAGGAGCGAACUGCGUGCCCUGAGCACUCCAUCACUUGCGUGCCCGAUGGCAGCAUCGGUAUCAAAAGGCACGCUGCAGAAAUGCGCUUGUGCAGAUUAUCAGACAACCCGGAAGGCAUAUGCUGACCGUGAGGUUGUGAUGCUGCAAGACAUACUGCGCACCUGCACUUUCUGCGAACCACACACUUCCUUCAUCAAUGGGACAUGUCGCAAGUGUGCACCAUACAGCGCUUGGUCAGAUGGCAAGUCUGACAGCUGCCACUUCUUGCCACAGGAUGGCACACAACUCGGUGCAUUGUUUUCAGCGUCUGCCAGCUGUGUAUUCCUUGCCUUCGUGUUUUACCAGAUCCUGCGGGCUCCUUUGGUUGUCGUAGAUGCAAAAUCGCAGCGGAUCCCGCACAGGCUACGCAAAGCUGCAGGUAGUAAGCCCUUCCCGGAUGGAAUGGAUCAGAGGUCUUUUUCCAUGUCCUUGCAAGGCCCCAUUGUCGAUCUCCCACAGUUCCUGUCGCGGCAGCUCCAUCGUCAGCUGUGCUAUCGCGUCAGCGGCACAGGCCUCCAAUGGUUGGACUUCAGUCCCGACAAUGCGAAGGCAGUGAAGAUCCAGAGUGUCGAGAGCAACAAAGUUGAAGUACAAGGCGUACACGUCCCAUAUGAUUGUGCAGCUGCCAUCGGUGCCUUGCAUGCCACGGAACUAGUGCGUCUGAUGCUGCCACUAUGCACAGCUUUGUUCUUGGCGGUGUUGCUGCCAGUCGUGCUUCAAGUUGCAUUCAUGUCCGGCAACGGCAUUGUGCAUGUUCUUGUCACAGCCGGGUACUGUGCGCUCCCAGUGUGCUUGGCAGCUCUGAUUCUUCACCCGGCUGUCGCAUGGCUCAUUGACCAGCGAUGCCACAGAACGCCCUUCUCCAAACUCUUGGAUGAGUACCGGCGCCGCAUCCACUUCGACCCCCACCCGGGCCCAGAUGGAAUGCACCCCAGCAAACAAGGUUUGAUGGUCCUGACAUUGUGGGAACUUUGGGGCCAUUUCGAGACUUUCAUCCUGGAUCGAAACAUGCACUUUGUGGUGAACAACAUGGUCAGGCCUUUGACUCGAGUCAGACAGGUGGCCUUCGUGAGCCUCUGGGGUGGAAGACAGGUGGACUACUUUGUCUCCCACUCGUGGGGCACAAGUUUCGCACAUUUUGUGCGAUCGAUUCACUGUCAUGCUCUAUCAAGGGAAGGUCAGCUUUGGAUGGACGUGAGCUACUGGAUUUGCUCGUUUGCAAAUAACCAGUGGGAUAUCGAGGCAGAGUUGGGAGAGACCAUCAUGGACAGCGCUUUUGCUCGAACUCUCCGUGGUGACAUCAAAGGUGUGGCCAUGGUCCUUGAUCACGAAGUGCAGCCCCUCACCAGAGUAUGGUGCCUGUUCGAGUUCCUGCUCUCCAAGCAGCUUGAUUUGGAGCUUGUGUUUGCAACCGAUGUUGGCGUAAUAGGCGAUGAUGGAUGCACAUCCUUCGACAUUGCACUGGAGCUGGGCAACAAGAUCGAGUCUUUGCAAGUCGUAAACUGUGCUGCUUCAAGUGAUUUGGACAGGACUCGCAUCUUCGAGUUCAUCGUUUCGUCGCUGGGCAGCCUAGAGAGCAUGGACGAGCAGAUCAGGGAUCUCAUGGGCCGGAUGCUGAAAAAGAACCUGGCAAACGUGGGAGUUGCCACAAGCAGCUUGCUACAAAGGUUGGGUCAUGUUGGAACCGACUGA